AUGGCCGAGUCUGAUCUCGUCCGUCCUUCAACGUCGCAUUCCGGCGCCUCGGGCUUUCAGAGGAGGUUUCUUCUUUCAAGCCCGGGGCGGCCUCGAACCGCAACUGGUCUCAACGACCCCAAACUCAACACCCCCUCGCCUGCUGGUGGCUUGGCUAUACGAGUCUGCAUCAAGUUUCAGCCGUCUUUGGAUCUUACCUAUGAGAGACAAUACCAAUCAUCGUACGGAUUCGAACCGACCGAUCAACUAUGUCAAGCACUUAUACGUCGCUUGACCCACUGCUCUCAUGAGCUUCUCACCCGCAGAGAUUCAACCGCCCUCGAGCGGACUAUCCCACAGAUUGGGGAAGGAAAGCCGCUUCGAUUUGAGUUAACCUACCAGAUCUAUCGCGGAGGCCCGGAACCAUGGGCAACGAAAACGUUCAGUUCGUACCAGAAGUAUCCCAUGGAUAAGCCGUUUGCCAUGGAGAUCGCUCGCUCGACAGACCGCAUUAUAGGCUCCUUUAUGAAGCUUCACGACAAGUCUUUCAGAUGGACGCAAGGGAGGACACGUGAGCGAUCCUCUAGCGAGCUGGAAAUUCUCAAACCUUUGAGCAACCCGGUCUCCCUUCUUCACGUCCCCCAAUCGCGUUUCAUUGAUGCUACCCAAGAUUGGGAAUUCGUCCCCGGCUACGAGAUCACUCUAUCCUUCCGGAGUCGAUGCAAGUCACGCAGGCAAAGAGAAUGGCAACGUACUAUCACGCUGAAGAGCAUGCAGAGCUCCCCGCUAACCUUGUCCCAUGGAGAAGAUAUGGCGUGGGUUUUGUCAACAGCGAUGCAACGUGCCUUGGAUGCUAGGAAGAUGGCGUUUGAUAGGCAUCACCGCCAAUCUCGUGACAGAUUUGACUUCCUUGACGAGUCCCAUCAUUCUGAGCAAAACGCCGUUCAUGUCGGAUUUCAAAUACGGAAUCAACUUGGACUGGAUCACAAGCACCUGCGCCGCGAGCUUGAUAGCAACCUGCUCCUCUUCGAGCACCCUGAGGGUCUCGACUGCGACCAGUUCUUGAGCCAGCUCCAACAUGCCUUUGAAGCGGUGCGAGAUGAUACUGACAAGGAACUGAACGAGAUGGACGACCUCAGAGUCACAGUUUAUGAACUGUCCGGGCGCGGCUGGAAAACCGAAAAGCCAUUUGCUGUCUGCCUCGACUCAACUGCCUGCUAUUCUCGGAGAACGGUCAAAGCCAUCUUGGACAGAGUGCAGACCGGCGUUGCGGAUAUCCUCGGAGGCAACGAUAUAAGUAUCACUCUGAUGGUUCACAAGCGUGGCCACCUGGUUUUGGACAAGACCCUCGUGGCCCGUUCGCCGUACUACGCGACGGGACAGCGCCAAGACGAAGAUCCUGAGACUGUGAAGGAGAAUUUCCUGUCGAAACUCAAGAGCCGAAUCCAAUCCGACAUUGCUUUGGUGGUGAAAGACACGUGCGCUCUCUACGACUCUCAGCCACAGAACAUUCGCGUUGUCGAGCGGCCAGUUCCUGCAGCGAAUGACCCUGCAGAGAUGGAAGCUUUACCAUCUAGUAGCCCGCUCCCGAUCCCGACGCCUAAUGGAGCCGUGCCGGACUCUUUCGAUGGCAGCUUCACUGAGUCGUCCGAACCUUCGAUCCUCGAAGAUGAAACGCUUCAGAAUAGCAGUGGGGUUGAAACGAUGGCCGGAAGCGUCAAUGACACCGUGGGGCCCUCGCAACAGCCUGAAACUCCAGCCAAAGCAAUCGCUUCCAGAGAUCAGCUCGACUGCAGCGGCAGCAGUUUGUCCUUCUCGAUGACUGAAGACGGCGAAACUACAUAUCCAUCCUCGUCGUCUACUCCAAGCCUUGCCGACGAUAACAUUGGCACGCCCCACGAUAGCCUCUUGAUCACGCCGACCUUUAUGCGAACGCUCUCGGGAACCCCUCAACAAUUUGACGCAGAUCCGAACAUUGCCGGUUCAGAAACCUCCGAUAGCGACCUUGUCGACGAUUCACUAGUAGGGCCGCCGACACCGACGAUGCAGCGCUUCAACGGCCCACGACAGUUCAGCCUGCUGGGUAAAGGCAGCCGGUCUGUUUCCAGACAAUCUCUGGUAUCAACCGACUCUGGUUCCGAACAGCGGUCACUGACCGACUCGGAACCGUCGCCUUCGCCAGAAUCAGAGGAUGUGAUUGUCCAGGUCGAAGAAGUUGCUGAGUCGGAGCCCAAGGUCCAGUCUGCUGCCGCCUGUUUGCCGGUAUCGCCUGCCGCGGAGGUCGACGAGCCAUCUGAAGAGCCUGCUCUAGAAGGUUGGCUCGAAUACUGCUGCGAACCAGUCGAUGCCGACGAGCAGUCGGUCGCACCGGAGUCGGAAGCAUUGCUUGAAGCCGAAGUACAGAAUGCCGAGGAGUCGAUAAGCCAACAACAGCCAGUGAUCGUCAUCACUCCAGACGUACCACGAGCUAGGCCUUCUACCCCUCCCCGAUCCUUCGAAGGCUUCUUAGAGUACUCUAUUGAAACCAUCGUCGAAGAGGACGAGGACGACUCUGAUGCUGAGUUCCAUGACGCAGACUCUACAUCUGCCUUCGCCAUCAUGUCGAGCCCUUCAAGCUUUGCAACGGCGACGGAGACUGGGCUGAACUCUCCCGUCAACUUCGACAAUGGGCCACUCUCACCCCUUAUUCUCGAUUCUGCGACGGCGUCACCUAAUCGGGUUGAUUCAGCUUCGCCUUCCCUUGAUCUCGAGAAGGGAGCUUUACCGCCUGCUGUUGAGGUGAUGGAGUCAGGUUCUCUAUUUGAGGAUGUGCCAUCCGCUCUGGCUUCGACUAUCCAAGUCGAUUCUUGUACGUCUUCCACUGACACGAUCGAACCUACCACCGCCCCGCACAUUCCCGAGGCAAUCGAGCCCUUGCUACCCAAAGCAACUGAGGAUUCUCCUCCCGAAGUUGCCGAGGACCCUUCUAUUCCUGAAACACACGAGCCCGCUGUUCCCGACGUUCCUCCUGCCCCCGAAGCCAUUGAGCUGUCCGCGGUUCCCCUGGAACCUGUCGAGCCGACUCUUGAUUCCUCCGAGCAGAUUCACAGAGAUUCACAACCUCCAGUCCUGACCGAGGCCCAGUCCGUCUCGGAUGAAGCUCCUCGUACGCCGACAUCGGACUCGGCGCCCUCGUUCAGCGACAAAGAGGAAACUCGUGAACCGUCUACUCCGCCGUUGAUGACUGAAACUGAGGAUUCGGACUACUCAGAACCUUCAGAGCCUACCGUACCAUUCCCCGAAUUCUCCAGCGAUGCGACCGUUCACGACGAAACCAUGUCUCUCUCGCACUGGUCGCCGCAGAGAAGAUCAUAUCACUUUGACGACUCGAGCGACAGCUACUUCGGUCACAUGCGCAAGAUGUCGAUCCCUCGGCCAUUGUUUGCCCGUCCUAGCUCGAGUUACGCAUCCUUCGGCGGAUCAUUCGGCCAUAAACGUCAAUUUUCAUCACCGACUGCGGGGUUCUUCGGCCUCCAGGAACCGCGUCGUCUCGACAUUGGUCUCCGUGGUGCUUUGGUCGGUAUCAGAGCCCUACAGAGCCAGGGGAAGCUAGAACGACGGCCAUCGCAAGUACUGUUGACACUCGACAACGAUAAGGGCAUGGUCCUUGUGCCUGGCAAUAGUCGACGCAAUAGCGAGAGCAGGGGAAUUGGAGGUGCAGGAGUUUUGGGGCUGGGCAACGCUUUCGCGUUUUGA